CACCUUUGUUAUUGUCUGUUUGUUCAAGAGUUAGAAAUUUAUAUUAUAUCGUUCAAAUAGCAAAGUGUGCAGAGCUGAAAAGAAAGCAUAGUUAAGCGAGAUAGCUGAAUUGAACAUAUUUCUAGUCAAGAGUGUACAGAACUUAAUGAAUCUAACUUUUCUUGUUUGGAAUUCUGAAAGAAUUAGUUUGAUGUUACAAAAAGUCAAUAUCCAUACCAUACCACUGAACCACUUUGGAAGUAAAUAUGGAAGAUGAUAUUGAUGUACCAGUUAAACUUGAGGUGUGCAGUGAAUCAAAUGAAACGCUUACCCAAACUGCUGAAGUGAACAGUGAAUCAAAUGAAUUGCUUGACCAAAGUUCUGAUGUGAACAUUGAAUCAAAUGAAUUGAUUAACCAAAGUGCUCAGGUUCGUAGUAAAUCAAAUGAAUCGCUUUACCUAGAUGCUGACAAUCAGGUCCGUAGUCAAAUGCAAAAUGUUGAGAAAUUGUAUGUAUGUAGUGAAUGUGGCAAAAGUUUUAAUCACAAUGGCAACUUUUAUAGACAUCUUAGGACCCAUACAGGUAUUAUACAAUAUAAGUGUGAGGAAUGUGGAAAAGGGUUUUGUCAUAUAGGACACUAUAAUAAACAUUUAAGGAUGCAUACUGUUCAAAAGCAGUUAUUCUGCCCAGAAUGUGGAAAACAAUUCAGCACUAGUAGAAAUUUACAUCGGCACAUUAAAAUCCAUAUCAUUGAAAAAGCCUAUGCAUGUGGGCAGUGUGGAAAAACGUUUAAUUCACAAAAUUACUUGAAAACACACAUGAAAGUACACACUCAAGGUAAAGCUUUUAAAUGUGAUAUAUGUGGAAAAGACUUUAGACAAAGUAGCAAUUUAAAGACACACAUGAUAGUACACACCAAUGAGAAACCAUAUAAGUGUGGAAUUUGUGGGAAUUCAUUCAGUAUGGACACUAUUUUGAGACACCACAUGAAAACGCAUACAGGUGAGAAACCACAUAAAUGUGAUGUGUGUGGUAGAAAAUUUAGUCAGAGUAGUAAUGUACGUGCACACAUGAAAAUACACACGGGUGAAAAGCCGCAUAAAUGCGAUCAGUGUGACCAAGCGUUCAGUCUAAAGGGACAACUUCAAGCUCAUAUGAGGAUCCAUACGGGAGAAAAACCAUACAAGUGCGAAGUAUGUGGUAAAGAAUUUAGAGUCAGUGGAACGUUAAAAAAACACCAGAGAACGCAUACCGGUGAAAAACCAUAUGUAUGCAAGGUUUGUGAUAGAGGAUUUUGUCAGAGUGGUCAGCUUCAAUCACAUUUGGUUAUACAUACAGAUGCCAAAAAUGAUAAAACACACAAAUGUGACGAAUGUGGCAAAGGUUUCAGACUCCGUGGAAACUUAAGGAUUCAUAAAAGAUCCCAUGCAAUCGUUAAACCGUUUAAAUGUGGCGAGUGUGGAAAAGGAUUUACCAUGAACAGUUCUUUAGGGUCACACAUGAGAACACAUACGGGGGAAAAACCUUAUAAAUGUGAAAUUUGUGGAAGAUCUUUCAGUGAGAGUCAUAGUGUACAGAGACAUAUGACGGUCCAUUCGGGAGAAAGGCCAUUUCAGUGUGAUGUAUGUGGUAAAAGGUUUAGUUUGAGAGGCAACUUUCAGACACAUACCAAGAUACAUAUAGAAAAUACUUUGAAUUCUAUGUUUGUGAUUGAUGCUGAGUCAUCGUCCUCAUGAUCUUUGAAUACUUGAUUGAAAGAUUAUGUUUUUGAACUUUAUUUAUACAUGUGAAAAUAGUAUGGUGUAAGAUACAUUUACAUGUUGUAUGGUAGACAUGGUAGAUAUAUAAAACUUUCUGUAUACAUUAUAUGUAGCCAAAAAUCUUUUAAUCCAUUAUUAUUUUAGUUAAGAUUAGAGGUCUGAAAAAUCUACCUUUGAAACCAUUGCCCUGUGAAAAAUAAUGUUCUUACAAUUCUUGAACCAAUGCAUACAAACAUUAUAAACUUAGUCUUCUGUGCACUAAUUUAUCAUUUUUUACGCAUAAAUUUCGUAUAAUCGUCAAUAUUUUCAAUCAGUCAGUGUUGUUGUGAAAAUAUGGCAGCUAAUUAAAGUUCGUGUUUUGAAAAGCCGAAAUUAACGAUUGCAUGUCACCUGUUUGUCACCAAUCAACAAAAAUGCAUGGAUAUUGAGCAUGUUUUGAACAUGUACAUUGUACAAUCAGAUAAUAGUUUAUUUUGAAGGACAUCCAUGCAUAUUCUUAUCACUGGAUUUUUACGAGAUGGGUCACACUGAGGUCACAUUGCAUACAGAAAAUAUGUCGGGGAAUUGCUUCCUGCAGGAAGCAAUUAAAAUAAAGAAACUUUCGAAAUUCUUCUUAAUAUG